UUUUUCAUAGCUGUACGAUGAAAAAAAUCUGAAGAAAUGGAACCUGAAAAUUAUACCAGGGUGACAGAAUUUGUUCUUACUGGUCUUUCUCAGACUCCGGAGAUGCAACUAAUCCUAUUUGUUAUAUUUCUAUCCUUCUAUUUUUUCAUCCUUCCAGUGAAUAUCCUUAUCAUUUGUACCAUCAAGCUUGACCCACACCUAACUUCUCCUAUGUACUUCCUGCUGGCUAAUCUGGCCUUCCUUGAUAUUUGGUACUCCUCCAUCACAGCCCCUAAGAUGCUUGUAGACUUCUUUGUGGAGAGGAAGAUUAUUUCCUUUGGGGGGUGUAUUGCGCAGCUUUUCUUCUUGCACUUUGUUGGGGCUUCAGAGAUGUUCCUGCUCACAGUGAUGGCCUUUGACCGCUAUGCUGCUAUCUGCCGUCCUCUCCAUUAUGCGACCAUCAUGAAUCGACGUCUCUGCUGUAUCCUGGUGGCUCUGUCCUGGAUGGGAGGCUUCAUUCAUUCUAUAAUUCAGGUGGUUCUCAUUGUUAGACUUCCCUUCUGUGGACCCAAUGAGUUAGACAAUUAUUUCUGUGACAUCACACAGGUUGUACGGAUUGCCUGUGCCAACACCUUCUCAGAGGAGUUAGUGAUGAUCUUCAGCAGUGGUUUGAUUUCUGUGGUGUGUUUCAUUGCUCUUUUAGUGUCCUAUGCUUUCCUUCUGGCCAUGCUCAAGAAACACUCAGGCUCAGGUGAGAGUACCAGUAGGGCUAUAUCCACCUGCUAUUCCCACAUCACCAUAGUGGUGCUAAUGUUUGGUCCAUCCAUCUACAUUUAUGCUCGCCCUUUUGACUCCUUUUCCCCAGAUAAAGUGGUAUCUGUGUUUCAUACUGUGAUAUUCCCUCUACUUAAUCCCAUCAUCUAUACAUUACGAAACAAGGAAGUAAAAACAGCCAUGAGGAAGUUGUUCAGCAGAUAUUAUUUACAUAGGGAAAAGUGAAAGCUAGAUGAUACAUUUUA